AUGAUCUCACCUUCCACCUCGAGGUUGUCCGCCUCGACCCCGCCUCCACCUUCGAUUUCGCCCAACCACCACCAUCAGCAGCAGCAGCACCAACGCCGAGCCCAGUCCGUGUCGUACCUCCAAAGCGCAUCGCCGUACUCGCCCACGCGCGACUAUGAUCCAUCAGACUACACACCCUCGGGCUACGUUCCCCCCGUCGCUGCUCCAGUCACUUCUACCACUGCGUCCUCGAAUGCGAACGGCUAUGCCCACGGGAAUGGCAACGGCAGCCCGUAUCAGGCUCCGGUCCCCGUUACCCCACCUACGCCCAGUUCUUCGGCCUCGAACAAUCCCAGCCCGCACAAGCGGCGACACCACAGUCUGCACAACCUCGGCCCACUCAUGGUCCCGUCACCGCCACGACCCAGUCUGAGCACACCACCACCCCAUGGUCUGUCGUCGUACAUCAUCGAGGAGGAGAACGAAGAAGAGGUUGCCGAGGCCAACAAACUUCCUACAGCGCCCAAGGCCCACGAUGAAGACGAUGAAGACGAAUUUCCCGUCGAAGAAGACGAUGAAGAGUCGUUCCUUCCUUUGCCAUCCCCGAAUUCGUCGUCGAUGCUGUUCCAGGUCCCACCGACAACGACGGUUGCGAGUUCGGCCACCUCGUCCCGGACCGAGCAUGCGCGCUCCCACUCUCGCAUCCACGAACGCAACCUCUCCGUGUUCUUCCCGAGACCAGGUCAAGCGGCGCAAGGCUAUGGCGAUACUUUUUCCGAUCCGAAUGCGUCGACCUCGACCUCGGCACCCGCACCCAUCGUGGAUAUCUCUUCCCCGACCUCGAGUCGAGCGUCGGACAGUCGAUCCCCACCUCCAUCCAAAUCACGGCGAGGGCACCACCAUAAGCAUUCCGUUUCGCACAACUUCUUCUCCUUCAUGGAACCAGGGCAAAUAUCGCAGAACGGUACCUCGCCUGUUUCACCACCAUCAAUGGCGCAUGGUCGUCGUGCCUCGAUCGCGAAUGCCUCGGGCCAUGCCGCGGCCAUGCCGUUUCCCAAGCAAUCCCACCUCCGGUACAAGCAUGCUGACUUGCCUUCGCCGCUUCGCUUCUUUAUCCUCUCGGUUUUCUACCUUCCCUCGUCGACGCGCGGUCAGUUGCUGCUUGCGGUGGGACAGGUCGUGCUAGGCGCUUCGCUAUGGAUCACGGGGCAAGCCGCCGAGGCACUGAGUGUCACAGGUCUCGGCUACCUCAUCGUCUUUGAUGGUCUAGGCGCCCUGUCACGGAUCUUUGUCGAUGGUGCGAGAGGGAUAGACGCCCUUUUGGGUGCCUUUGAAAGCGGGACGGGCAACUCGAGCAUGCGAACACCCUACGGCAGUCGACGCCUCGUCACCCUAUCUCACUUCUCGCAAGCGAUCUACCUCCUCUUCUCGGCCGUCUACGUCUGUAAGGAAUCCGUCGAGCAUGUGUUGCUACUACAUGGAGGAGCCGAGCAUGGUGGAGCUCACGGAGCAGGACAUGGUGGGAUGGGUCACGGUGAGGCAGGAGCGGGGAUGACGGCGCCUGGUGCGCAUGGAGGUACGACGAGCGUCUUGGAGGAAGGCAUCAAGUUCCCCGUCGUUCUAUUGGCCCUUUCAGCGACGUUGACGUUGUUGACGUCCAUCAUGAUGAGCAAUCAUUACGCUUUGGCUCAGGCGAUCGGUCCGACUUCGUCGUCUGCGGCGAUGCUUCCUUCGAGACCGAGACCUUUGAGCAGCUUGAGGGGUCCUUCGGUGGUCGAGAGGGUCAUGAACCCGUUCACGGCUACGAUAUUGAUGUUUAGUGUGGGGUUAUGCGCAGCGGGGCUGACGAUUCCAGGGUGAGUUGUAUCUCUCUCCCUCUCUCUCGCCCAGUGUUUGAGGCUCUGGCUCACACCUCAAAGAUUCACGUUUCUGCAGAGCCCAAUUGGCGCCGCUGGACAAGGUCGUGGCGUUGAUGCAAUCGAUCGCCAUGUUCUACGUUGCAUACCCGGCCGCGGUUACGACGGGUCAAGUCCUACUACAAACCGCACCUGAUCCCGAGUCGCUCAAUUCGAAAGCUGUGCAGAGUGCUGUGCGAGAUGUGAGUGCCGUCGAUGACGCGUCCAGGUGUUAAUUCAGGGGUGCUGAAGGGGCUUCCCUCGUUUCGGACCAGAUCGAAAAUCAUCCACUGGUCGUCUCCUUAGACCGACCUCACGUAUGGCAAAUGAUCACCCACCCCGCCUCUCUCAACGCCUCCUCUUCGACGAACCCCACCCCUUCGAACAUCAACCCCUCCCAAUCCGACGGUGGCGCCUCGCUCAUCGCGACCCUAGUCGUACACGUCAAAGCCUCUUGUACAGACGCCGACAUCUUGACCGUGACCAAGUUCUGCCGUGAACGAUGUAGAGGACCUUUGAGGUUGGGGGAUCAGGGACCCGAUGCGCCGAAUGAGAGGUUUGGUGAGGUGACCGUUCAGGUUGUGAGGGAGAAGAAGGGAGAAGGGGGCUAUUGGGCUCAGGGUGAUGGGGUGAAGGGGAUUGAUGUGGAGUAUUUGAACCAUGGCGUGGAGCAGGGGCAUGGACAUGGACAUGGACAUGGGCAGGGGUUGAAUGGUGGUGCUGCGGACGGUGGUAUGCAUGCGCAUUCACAUGCUGUGAAGCAGCAGCAGCAGGGGCAUGGAGGACAUGGGGGGCAUUCGCAUGCGCAUUGA